AGCGACUGCCAACUCCAUUGCCAUUACCAUCAUCUGUUCGUACAACGCCCGAAGAGCGCAGAGAGAGAGAGAGAGAGAGAUCGCGUCGCCGAUGCGGCAGAGAGGAAGAGCUCACAACCGCAGAUCCAGGAGCUUCUCUAGGUCUCGCCUCGCCAUUCAGGGCUGCAGUUGAGCUGACCCCGCUUCACUCGCUCCCUCUCUCUUCCAUCUCCCAUAAAAGCUCGCUCUUUCUCUCGCUCCCCCUCUUCCUUUCGCCUUUCAUUGGCGCCUCCCUCUGCGACAAUGGCUGCUCAAGGGGACGAACGCGAGGUGCAGAAGAGCUACUGGAUCGAGCACUCGGCGGACCUGACCGUCGAGGCCAUGAUGCUCGACUCCAAAGCUUCGGAUCUCGACAAAGAAGAGCGUCCUGAGAUCCUUUCUUUACUCCCACCAUAUGCCGGAAAAUCAGUUCUGGAACUCGGGGCUGGCAUUGGUCGCUUUACUGGUGAGUUAGCCCAGAAAGCUGGUCAGCUUUUGGCUCUCGACUUCAUUGAUAGUGCGAUCAAGAAGAAUGCAAGCAUCAACGGGCAUCAUAAGAAUGUCAAGUUUCUGUGUGCUGAUGUGACAUCCCCGGAAUUGAAAAUUGCAGAAAAUUCUGUGGACUUGAUAUUCUCUAAUUGGUUACUUAUGUAUCUAUCAGACACGGAGGUUGAGAAUUUGGCUGAAAGGAUGGCCAAAUGGUUGAAGGUUGGUGGAUAUAUAUUUUUCCGUGAAUCUUGCUUCCACCAAUCUGGAGACUCUAAGAGGAAACAUAACCCUACCCAUUAUCGAGAACCCAGAUACUACACAAAGGUUUUCAAAGAAUGCCACAUGCGUGAUUCAUCUGGCGAUUUGUAUGAACUUUCUCUUGUUGGAUGCAAGUGCAUUGGAGCUUAUGUGAGAAACAAAAAGAAUCAGAAUCAGAUUUGCUGGACAUGGCAGAAGGUCAAGUCAGACAACGAUAGAGGCUUUCAGCGAUUCUUGGACAAUGUUCAGUAUAAGUGUAGUGGCAUACUACGUUACGAGCGUGUCUUUGGGCAAGGCUUUGUGAGCACAGGCGGGAUUGAUACUACUAAAGAAUUUGUGGCAAAGCUGGAACUCCGGCCUGGUCAGAAAGUUUUAGAUGUUGGGUGUGGCAUUGGUGGAGGAGACUUCUACAUGGCAGAGAAUUUUGAUGUUGAGGUCGUCGGCAUUGAUCUUUCCAUAAAUAUGGUCUCUUUUGCUCUCGAGCGUGCCAUUGGACUCAAAUGCUCUGUUGAAUUUGAGGUUGCCGACUGCACCAAGAAAAGUUACCCUGAGAAUACAUUUGACGUGAUCUACAGUCGUGACACAAUACUGCAUAUUCAAGACAAACCUGCACUAUUCAGAUCCUUCUUUAAGUGGUUGAAGCCUGGAGGUAAAGUUCUUAUUAGUGAUUACUGCAAACAUGCCGGAACUCCUUCACCAGAGUUCGCGGGAUAUAUUAAGCAAAGAGGGUAUGAUCUCCAUGAUGUACAGGCAUAUGGUCAGAUGCUUAGGGAUGCUGGAUUUUCUGAGGUCAUAGCAGAGGAUCGAACCGACCAGUUCCUUAAAGUUCUGGAGAAAGAACUAAAUGCUGUUGAGAAGGACAAAGAUGCAUUCAUAAGUGACUUUUCUGAAGAAGACUAUAAUGAUAUAGUUGGGGGCUGGAAGGCGAAGCUGACGAGGAGUUCAUCGGGCGAGCAACGAUGGGGUCUAUUCAUCGCCAAGAAAAAGUGAUGAGUUGAUUGCUAAAACCAUGCAAUAAAUUAUCUGCUUUGCUUAGUUGAUAGCACUCCUGUGUUUGUUGGUCAUUUUCUCCAGCUUAUGACAGGGCCUUCGUUAGUCAUAUCCCUUCCCUUGGUCUCUUUUGUUGUUCAGUUGAUCCUGUCUGUUGAAUGCUGUGUACUCUCCUUUGGACUUUGAUAAUAAGAUGUCGUCUGGACUGAUUUAGAAUUGCCA